CAAGUUCAAAUAACUGAUCACCACGUUGUGGCAAAUCCGAUCUCUCUCUCUCUCCCCAAUCUUCCUGCGCCACAGAAAUCUCGUAUUUCUCCAAAUCUCGGCGACCAAACUUUUAACCGGUAAAGAUGAACGACGUCGAUGUGUCGAAUCAGAUCCAGCAGAUGGUGAGAUUCAUUCGCCAAGAGGCCGAGGAGAAGGCAAACGAGAUCUCCGUCUCCGCUGAAGAAGAAUUCAACAUCGAGAAACUGCAGCUAGUUGAGGCGGAGAAGAAGAAGAUCAGGCAAGACUAUGAGAAGAAGGAGAAGCAAGCUGAUGUACGCAAGAAGAUUGAUUACUCGAUGCAGCUGAAUGCGUCAAGGAUCAAGGUUCUUCAAGCUCAGGACGAUAUUGUCAAUGCCAUGAAAGACCAAGCAGCAAAAGAUCUUCUCAACGUCAGUGGCGAUGAGGAUGCCUACAAACAGCUUCUCAAGGAUCUCAUUGUUCAGUGUUUGCUUCGGUUGAAGGAGCCUUCUGUGUUGUUGCGUUGCCGUGAAGAGGAUUUGGGUUUAGUUGAAUCUAUUCUUGAGGAUGCGAAGGAGGAGUAUGCGGGUAAAGCAAAUGUUCAUGCUCCAGAGGUUGCCGUUGACACAACCAUAUUCCUUCCCCCUCCUCCUACUUCUAGUGAUCCUCACGGUCUCCACUGCUCUGGAGGUGUUGUGUUAGCUUCUCGUGAUGGGAAAAUCGUGUGCGAGAACACCCUCGAUGCCCGUCUUGAUGUUGCAUUCCGUAUGAAACUUCCAGUGAUCCGUAGGUCGUUGUUCGGCCAAGUUGCUGCCUAAUGAAUGAAAAGAGCAAAAGAUGUGAUUCAGACCUGUUUGUGUUUGUUUUGGCCCAUUUGGGAAAGAUUAUCUUUGUUGUAAUUCCAAAUUCUUUUUAUUCUGCCAAAAACUUUUACUUUGAUACCAAAAAAACCGUAUCGAACUCUUCGUUUCCGCAUGUAUUUUUUUCUCUUUGCGAAUGUUAUCAUUGGCUAUACAAAAUAAUAACGAAAUGAAAAGAUCUUUUUUCU